AAACACCGCGUGGCAGUUUGCGCCUGCUGUUGUCACGACUCAGCCGCUCGGGUCCCCCCCUCACUCAUACAAAGGGGGGAGCUCAUGAAUGUAACUUGAUGAAGCAGCAGUACACCUUUCUGUGAAUGGACGUGUUCUCGUUGUCAGGCUCGGUAGUAAAAGUGCUGCAGUGGCGAGAAGCGCGUGCGCACUUGGUUUAAAUCCGGUUAUGUAAAGAAGAUAACGGAUCGAACUGCAAAUGCACUGUGAUGGGAUUGUUUCGGUGCGUUUUGGGAUGAUUUCACCUUAAAAACGAACAGUUCUCUGCGCGUCCACCCACUUUGCAUAUGCACUGCAAUACGCUCCGCCUGAGUCAGUGCAUGACGCUACAAGUAAAUUCUGGGGUUUAUGUUCCUGCAUGUGAAGGAGGGCUUGAGGGAGAGCCCGCCCUACAGGUCUUGGUCUCUUCUUGCCCUGCACAGUGAGCGGAGCUUUACACGUAAAUGAAACACGGAAUAGCCGAUUUUAGUGCCCUGCGGAACUGCGGUGAAGGAAGCAACGAAAAAUGAUCUAACCGAGAAAAGCACGCAGUUUGCCUGUCGAUUUCUCGAUGGUUUCUCCAAUUAUUCGGUGGUAAGUCAUCGCUGACGCUUGCCACGGUUCAACAGAAGUACGAAAGCUGAGGGGUCUGCCCACAAGUCAAGCGGAUCUUGCAAUGCCACCCUCGGAUGCAGAGCCGGGCAUGAGCGGGGGCACGACGAUCGCAGCCCCGGCCUUCCCAGACCAUCGCCCCGGUGAACGCGCAGUGAGUGUGUUAUGGUCGUUUGGAAAAUGCCUGGGAGCUCUUUUACCCGUGUACCUGGCCGGGUAUUAUGGCUUCAGCAUCAGCGUGGUCCUGCUCGGGCUGAUGAUCUACAUGGGAUGGAAACACAGCCGAAUUGAGAAAGUGAUGAGGCUCAAGUCUGCCAUGUACCUCCUGGAGAACGAAAUGGCUUUCACCACUGAGAAGGUUUUUAGGAACAAACGGGAACUGGCUCCAUGGGUAAGGAACAUCUCUGCAGUUUGAGUCACCUGACACAUCUGUCAAGCUUAACUUGAGCUGCAUCUCAGCUACUUUGCACCAGGCUCUACCAUUGAGAUGACUCAUUAGUAGAGGAUUUUUGUUUGUGUAUUAGCUCCUCUUAACUUCAAGUAAACACAAACACUCAAUUAAAGACAGGAAUAGCACUGUUUACUGGUAUAUUAUCUCCACUGUUGUUUACUGUAGCAAUAGUGUUUCCCUGACCAGUCCCAUUUUUAGAAAUUCCUGGUGUGCAGUGCCUUGGGAAUUAAUCAGAACUGCCGCCACACAGUGCAAGAGAUAAAACACAAGGUCUGUUCAGAAGAAAGAAUGUCACCAAGACUUUGGACUCCAACUAAGCUGAAAAAAAUCAAGGAAUUUGAGAGAUUCUCUGAGUAUUUCCUCUCCCUGUUUUACUGUAGUAGAGCUGCCAUUGACCUUAUCAGGCUCCAAAAACCUGAUGACGCAUAAACAUCCUUCACAGCAAAGCAGAGGCAGUGACCAAGACCACCAUAUCUGGGUAGAAAGGGAGAGAGAAUAAACUCUGUGUGUGUGUGUGUGUGUGUGCAGAAAGGCCAGAUCCCAAGAUCUUAUGUCUGUUGCUUUAGGGGGAAGUGGGACGUGCACGUGGUUGAUUGUUUCCUGAAUUUUUGGAAGUGAUUAAAGCAGUCUUAGUUGUUGGGCCUGCAUUGUCCUUGUAGUUUGUCCAAACACACACACAAGUAGACCUACGUGAAACUACCGGCAAGAGGAUAAAGCAGGGGUAUUUAUUUAAACGAGUUUACAUACUCCUUUGUGGGUGAUUUUUCAAAUAAAAUACACAUCCACUUUGUUUCUUCCCUGAGAAACAUCUGCAAAAUACGGAUCAUAAGUACUCUACAAGGGCUGGGGGUCAUUUCACACAACUGUGAUGCAUUUGAGCUCAUGACAGUCCAUAUUUUCUUCUCCACAGGUCAACUUUCCAGAUGUGGAAAAAGUGGAGUGGCUGAACAAGGUAUGUUUUUCUCCUAUUGCAAUAUGUGCGUGUGUAUUCCCUUUUUUAUCUUUUGUUUUUUUCAAUAACCAUCUGCCUCAAAGUGCAGUUGCUUUUACAUUUAUGACUGCUCAAACAUCAUCCAUUUCAAGGUUUAACAGUAUAUGUCCUUUCAGUGACUCCCACAGUAGUAUAUCCAUAUUUACUUUGAGGAUAUAAAACACUUGUGUGGACUUUAAGUGACCCAGCUCGUGCUGCAGCCUCUGCAUAAGUGCAGAUUAUCUGCGGCUGUAAUUAAGAGGCAGAGAGAAUGGCUCAGAUCAUAUCAUAGCACUCUUUGUCUUUGCCAGAAGAAUAACCUCACAUUAGCAUGGGCCGAAGUGUGAAUAUGAAUACUAAUGGGACAAAACGCCUUAUUGAAAGGAAAAAAUGUAAUGAACUCAGCCACAGAAGCUCAGAUUGUGGGAGGGCAAUUUGCUGCACUCAUCUUUCAGCAGCCCACGGCUCUCCUGCAGGCGUCCGGACAUGUGAUCUGACUGCUCACAUUUAUCUCACUCACUCACUCACUACUCACUAUCACUAAACAAACAUACAUAAGCCUGAACUCUUCCCACCUUUAAUUAUAUUUGACUAUGUGCAUAAAAAGGGGGAGGGGCAUAUGAUAUCUGUAAGUAAUGUAUGCAUAAGGAUAUGCUCUUUAAUAGGAUGCAUCAUUUUAAGUGUUCAUCCAUUACCACAACAUGAAUAAUGCACAUGAUGCCCCCCCUGCAGCUGUAGCCUGUUAGCUUUAUCGCUCUCAUGAGGAGUUUUGAGGUCAGAGAAUCUGUAAACAGCAGCUGACAGGACUUGGCACCUUACUCUUACACCUCACACGGUGAUGCUGAAGCUUACACCAGUGUGAGGUAGUGUGGAGUGAUGAUUCUUCCUCAAUUCAUCAUAGAGUGUCAGCAAAAGUUGUCAAAUUGAGUAAAACUCAUAGUUGUUGUAAAGCUUUAUUUCCAGUAUUUACAAUAUUUUGUGAAGUUUUGUACAUUGUUAUAUAAUGGUUCUUUCAAUGGCUUUCUAAUGUGGCACUAAUUGUGGUGAAAUAUUUACAGUGCAACAGCAUUUGAAAGUUGGGAUAGGCUGAUUAUGGCAACUGAUUUUGGCCAUAUCUGGGCCAAUACAUGAAACAAGUUUAAAAGUGUGCUUUUUUUUUGCACCACUUAAUCUUUACUAAUAUCCUGCUUAUGACAUUGUAUAAAUGGUUAGACAUCAUGCAAUCAUGUGACACAACUGUGCUGUAAGUAUAUCUGGUGACCAACCCUGUAUAACUCCAGUCUAUGACAUGGAACAUGAUAUUUUUGAUUGAACAUUUGUUAAAGGUAUUAAAGCAAAGUUUUGUGUUGGAGUUUGUAAUAUUCCAAAUUUGACAUUUUGGUGGAAAUAUUUUUACUUUUACUAUCAAUUAUCAUUAUUAACAAUUAUCAAACUUCUAUUAUAAAGGAGUGUCGUAAUUACGGUAAGCAAGGGUGCAUAUUCCUGUAUUUUUAUGAAAAGAAAAAUUCUUGUUAAUUAUCUUUAUCUGAUGGUAGGAGUUUAUGGUAUAUGUUGAUUUUGGUGCCUCCUGUGGUUAAAGGGGAGCCUGUGAACUCCACUCUGAGCUUUUUCGUUAUUCGGUGCUUGAGGACGUAGUGCUGCUUCUUCUAACUGUCAAUUUUUUUCACCCACUGUUAACUUUUGAUUUUAAAAAGUUUAGUCUAAAUCAAAAAACUGUUUUGGCAAGAAUCUGUUUAAGAUUUUACCUGAUGCCUACCUGAUGGCUCUGUUAGCAGGCAUAAAAAAUAUCUGAAAUAGCCAAUUCAUGGUCUCUCUGGUCUCUUUGGAUUCAGCAUCAAUAUAAUUUUACAUAUAUUAUAUCAUAUAGAUAUGAUAUACAUGUUUGAUAAAUGAAUCGUGCCAUUUCUAAAUUUAAAACUGCCAAGAUAAGUAAUCAGCGGCUCUUUGUUCUGUGCUAUAGAUCCUGCAGCAGGCUUGGCCUUUUGUCGGCCAGUUCCUAGAGAAGCUUCUGGUAGAAACCAUUGCUCCUGCCAUCCGUGCCUCCAGUAUUCAUCUUCAGACCCUCAGCUUCACUAAGGUCAACUUAGGAGACAAGGUAACUAAAGGGCAUGCCAAAGUAGCAGUUUUAUCCAUUUUAAAUGCUCUGUUUCUAUGAUGUUUUAAUAAUGUGGGUAAUAUGCAUGAAAGUCCGAUUACCAGUCUCCCUUGCAAUCAUCCAGAUCAAUAAUUUCAUUUCAGUGAAUAUUGAUCACCAUCCAAGUCUUUUACUCAUGUGGUCUCAUAAAGUUUCCAUCAGUUUUAUUUGCUCUGUGUAAUACCAGCUGUUGUGUUCACAGGCUCUGAAAGUGAGUGGUGUAAAGGCUCACACUGAGCACGACAAGAGACAAGUGAUGUUGGAUUUGUACCUCAGGUAUCACAUUUUGCAGUUUUAUCUUUUAUGAUAAUUGCAUAAUAAAAAUGCUUGUGUCCAUGCAAUCAUUCAGACAAGUCAAACACUGACAGUCACCACCUGGCAUUAGUGUGUGGUUUGUUAAUGUCUGUUACAGGAGAUUGUUGUUUACUUAACCUCCUAAAAAAACAACCUCUCUCAUAACUUCCAUCAGCUACUGGAGUUGGUUAAACAUACAUCUCUAGAGUUGUUUGUGUUUUUCUCCUUGCAGUUAUGCUGGUGAUGUUGAGAUAAAUGUAGAAAUCAAAAAGUACUUCUGCAAAGCUGGAGUGAAAGGUGUCCAGGUAUGAGGAUAAUUAUCUAAACGUUCUUAGCCUUAUAAUUCAGGGUGCUAUUGCAAAAAAUAAUAUUUCCUUUUUUUUUUUUUGUAGCUUCAUGGGAAGCUGCGUGUAAUCCUCGAGCCUCUGAUUGGAGAUGUUCCCUUUGUUGGAGCAAUCACAAUGUUCUUCAUCCGCAGGCCAGUGAGUGUUGAAGCAGUUCGACAUGUCUAACUCUUAACCUAUAUUUGGAUUUUUUUUGCAUCACUCCCAUCUGAGUUCAACACAUUUAUCAUUAUAUGUCUUCUUUCCCCCCUGUGACACAGAAACUGGACAUCAACUGGACUGGGCUGACUAAUCUCUUAGAUAUUCCAGGACUCAAGUGAGUUUGUAUGCCUGAGCUUUGUGUAGAUGUAUUCUAGGGUGUGGCUUUAUUGAUUUGUUGUGUGUGCUUAGUGAUGUUUUUACUGAUCUCUGAUGAGGUGUGGCUGAUGUUGCAAAAUAGUUCCGCUUGUUGUAAAUUUUGGAGUUGAUUGAAACAUCUCACAGAAUUUCUUUAUCUAUUAUCAAGCUUCUCAAAUGGCAAAAGUCUUCUUUUGGAAUACAGAAAGAUUUUCUGUAUGUUUAGUGGCGAAUUUGUGUGUUUAUAUCCUUAAAGAGUAAGUGUGGCAUUACUUUAUAUUUCUUCUUGAAAAAAAUCCUGUAAAAAGACAAAAACCAGCAUUGAAUUGAUCCCUCUUUAAAAGGCAGUCCAAACCUUAUACAGUUUCUUCAUGUGUGCCAUUGAGCUCUUCUGUUCAUGACACGCGUCAGUUUCGUGGUAUUGGUUUUUCACUUCCUUUAUCCAAACAGAUACAAACAUUUCAGCCAGUACCAAGACACCUACACCACACUCACACACACACGCAUUUCCUGCCUCUUGAAAUACUAAAUGACUGGCAAAGUGUGUGUUAUUAACCUCAGAAAAUGUUGCCAAACUUACACACGUCAGUCUUGCUUGAGCAACUUUGGCUGGAAACUUCAAUGCCCAGCUGUCUCAGAAAUUCGCUUUAAAUUGUUUUAUAACAGAAGUGUUUUUGAGAUCCCUUUAUAAUGUCCAAAAUGGUUAUAGAUGGCUAUAGUACUGUCUUAUGAAGUGAAUGACAGAGGAAUGAUUUGUAGGUCUUUUUACAGGGAUUUUUGAGAGUAAGAAUAACAUUAAACUUUGCCAGUCUUAUUCUUUAACUGGAUAAACCUUGUACCAUACUGGUGAUCUUGUAUUCAGUAUGUUUAUUAUGACUCCAUCCACUUAUAUGGGGCUAGUUUCAAUGGCCUAUUGAGAAAGGUAAGGCUGUUUACAAUGGAGAAUCAACUACCGUACAAUAAAAUAAAAUAUGAAGAUGAAAUUAUGAAAUGACAUGAUUUAACAUUCAUAUUUAGUGUGAUUGCACUGCAGUUGAUUCUACUUGUUUUGUUUUAGUAUCUUAUAUAAUUUACUUUGGCUCAAAACAGAAUUAAAACAUUGUCAAAGGUGUCAAUUUGUUGUUGACGCAUCAGUCCCCUCUGGCAAUACUUUUAAUGGUAAUUAGUUAUUAUUUUAAUGUGCUCAUCCUAAUAUGAUAAUAACCAACAUGAUUUCACAAAAAUAAUCCUCAUCUUUAAACCAAUGGGUGCUUCCUGUUGGUUCUGGCGCUGAGAACCUGAAUAUCAUGUUCUGAUGUUAUUUAUGCAUGGUCAUAUGUUCAGCAGUAGUAUAUAGCCUCUGUCUGUUUGUCUGUGUGUCACCGCCCUGUGUGUCCCCAACAUCAUCCUGGCAUUCAUUUGCAGUGCCAUGUCGGACACUAUGAUAAUGGAUGCAAUAGCCUCCCACCUGGUGCUCCCCAACCGUCUCACUGUUCCCCUGGUGGCCGACCUGCACGUUGCGCAGCUCCGCUCCCCUCUCCCAAGGGUAACUGUCUUACUAAUGAAUGGCCUGGAGGAACACAGACCCACACAGACUGAAGCAGAUCUGUCACUGCUUAUAAGUCAUGCAAACACAUAGUCUGAAAGUUAUAAUCAAAUUCACAUUCUGAGAAGCAUGAAUUCAUUAACUUCUUGACUGUCCCUUUUUGCAUGUGUUUACGUGUACAUAUGCUAGGGUGUUGUGCGUAUCCACCUGCUGGAGGCUGAGGACCUGACUGCCAAGGACACCGUCAUCAAAGGUUUAAUCGAUGGGAAGUCAGACCCAUACGCAGUCCUGCGCGUGGGGACUCAAAUCUUCACAUCUCAUCACGUGGACAGCAAUCUGAACCCACAGUGGAGGGAGAUGUUUGAGGUGAGGGAAAAGAUUUAAAUUAAAUGAAAGAAACAUGAGAUGUAUGCCUUUGACUUGAUAUCAUAUUGCUACCAGAAGUUUAGCUUGGUGUUGGUGUCUUUGCAUACAAAUGACUGUGAGGGGAAGUCUUUCAUUGGCAAAGAGAUAAGGAGCUGUGUGAAGAUUUUAUCGACUUCUCUGGUAGCAGGAAGCCCGUGUCUUCAAGAUAAGCAGCUCUUUCAAAAGCUGCUUACUUGUUUAUACAAUUUUUUUGAAUCCAUUUGAAGAAAACACAAAAUAGAUAUCAAAUGUUUAGUGAAACUUGCCAUUUUGGUUCUUUUUGCAUGAUCCUGUCUUAUUGUGUCAUAUGUGUCUGUAUCAAUAUUUGUGUAUUUGUUGCGUGGUCUGUGUUUGUCCAUUUAUGUGUGUAUGUGUAUUUGUGUGUGUGGGUGUCAGGUGAUUGUCCAUGAAGUACCUGGUCAGGAGUUGGAAGUGGAGGUGUUUGACAAAGACCCAGACCAGGAUGACUUCCUGGGCAGGUAGCUUAUUCAUACUCACUCAUUUACUCUGUUUCUAUGUGCUUCUCAUGUCAUCUCCACCUCUGCCGCCAUGAUUCUGUCCAUUUUUGAUCACCCUAAUCCUUUUAAUUAACGGCUUUUAUUCACUUAAUCUCUCUGCUAGGGUAAAAGUGGAUCUUGACAUUGUAAAGAAAGCCAGAGUUGUGGACGAUGUAAGUAGAAAUGCUUUUCUUUCUUUCAAAAUUCAGAUUUUUUUCUGAACAGCCAGUACAAGAAUUUUGUUAUUUAACUAUCCAACCCUGGGAGUGAUCUUACCCAGUGAGACUGCAGUAAUCCUGUUAGCAUGUGAUGUUGCAUGUGCUUUCUCGUGAUCCGUUCUGUUCUUUUUUUCCUGUCAUCUUCAAAAGGCUUAAAGAAAGCAGCUAGAUGAAAAACAUUUGACAUUUAAUAAGCUCUUUGUUUUUGUAAACAGUGGUUCAAUCUGAAGGACGUCUCAUCCGGGAGCGUGCACCUCCGGCUGGAGUGGCUCUCUCUGCUGUCCUCUGCUGACAGACUGAGUGAGGUGAGUCCACAGCACCAACUAACAGUAGAUCUUUUAUUUUGGCCUGAAUUAGAUUAAAGUGAUACUAAUAAAGAAGCAUCAAAAACCAUCUGUAAACAUGAUAAUUACCUUUUUCGGUAAGUAAUGUAUCAUGUGAAGUUGGUAAUGAAAAUGAGAUUCUCAGCAGAGCAGGACCCAGAUUGGAAGUAGGAGGGUCUUAUCUUGUCUGCCCUGAAGGUUUGGGUCUGAAGCUCUUUAAUCUAUUCUCAUGUCUGUACUUGUAAAUAUGACGUCUCUCAAGACUAUUGUAAGGUGGAAACUAAGGUUUUUGCCACAGUGACAGCAGGCAGCGGUGUUGCGUGCCAACCAAUCAGAUUCAGGUAUUUAACAGAGCCUGGAACUAAGUGAUAAACCUGGGUAGAAGCCAUGUAUUUUCACAGAUAAAAGUGGCAUGAAUAUCCCCAAACUGCUCACUGUCAAACCCCUCCUCAUAAGUAAAGCACAUGCCAUUGUUUCUGCACCACUCAGUUAAAAUUAAGUCAGACUCAGAAGACAGAAACACUGACAGUCAUCAAUAUGCAUCUGCAGAAAGUAAAAACAUAGCAACAAGUGUGUGCUGCACAUUUGACGUGCUCUUAGCGCCACCAGUGAGAAGUGAGAAUAAGAGAAAGAGAGUAAGCUGUCUUUACAAGUCACGUUGAAACAGGAUGAUGCUAAUCAGCUCAGAGUUUCUGUUAUAGGCUGGUGACAUGCAAGUUAACCCUGAGGUGUUGCAUGUCAAAUCGAAUGAGUUUUUUGGGUACUGAAUACAGACUGGACAUGCUUAGCCAUAUCUAAAGGAACGUUUUAAUUCAAUACCAUUAGUGACAUUUGGUUAUCCAAUUUUUCAUUUUUUAUUUUAUGCUAAUGAUAAUAAACUGGUCUGAGUUUGAUUUAUGAAAACUCAAGUCUAAAGAUCUAAAGUAAUAGAAUAGCAGUGAAUGAUGCUAAUAACUCCACAUUAUAUUUGUAAGAGAGUUUAAAACAGUGGGGGUCCAGAUGUAACUUCUUAAACUUCUCAAUCAUCACAUGCAUCUGUAUGUUAUUCUAUUCACAGGUGAUCCAGAGGAACCAGAACCUGACCAGCAAGACGGCCGAUCCUCCAUCUGCUGCCAUCUUAGCUGUCUACCUCGAUCAGGCUCACGCUCUGCCUGUGAGAGUUUCAUAAUUUAAGACUCUUUUGUUUGGUUUACAUUGAAGUUACCUCUGUUGUUUACAUCAAUGUGCUUCAUAUGUUUUAGUUGAGAAAAGGCAAUAAGGACCCGAGCCCGAUGGUGCUGAUUUCCAUCCAGGAUGCAACAAGAGAGAGCAAGGUGUGGAUAAAAACCCUGACUGUUUUACACAAUAACCAGAUUAAUGAUGUGCAGAAUUAAUGUUGUCCCUGCUGCUUUUUAAGACCUGCUACGGUACAAACAACCCUGUGUGGGAGGAUGCCUUCACCUUCUUUAUUCAGGAUCCCCGUAAACAAGACAUCGAUGUUCAGGUAAGUGUUUUUCAGUUAUUAUUGAGGAAGCAGUUAAACCAGCUUUAGAGGUUUACCUGCAAUUACUCCCUAAGUGUAAAGGGAUCAGCCCACUAAAUAGAUUAUUGAUCAUUGAUAGCUUUUUGGCUGUUUUUUUUCUCUCUGGCUCCAUAUUUUCUGUUUCCUCUGUCUUUCUACAACCAGGUGAAGGAUGAUGACCGCGCUCUAUCCCUGGGCAGUCUGACCAUCCCUCUGACCCGUAUUAUGGCGACGCCUGAGCUCACUAUGGACCAGUGGUUCCAGCUGGAGAAUUCUGGUUCUGCCAGCCGUAUCUACAUCAAAACUGUGCUUAGGGUAUGUGUUUCACAUCAUGUGUUGGGUAGAGUAGCAUGUGAUUGUGCUGUGUUUUGCCAAACUAAAGAGUGUGUGUGUACAAAGACUUUGAAAUUCUACCCAGUGUAGCCUCGGGGAAUUUUCACCAGACAUGUGCUACAAUAACGCACCCACAAGUCCUCCUUUGAAACAGAGAUAUCAAAUUUAAACUUUUCUAUGCCCCUGUGUCAGUCAUUUAUCCACGGAAAUCUGAUAUAGUUGGUAAGAACACCCAGGUCAUAAAGAUGACAAAAUACUAAAGUGGUUAAAAAUCAUAAAGCAGGUGAAAUUGUAAAACAGUAUCACCAGAUCUAAAUUUUCAUAACAUGAAUUCAUAAUCCGUAGCCCUUCCUCUUUACAUGCCUAAGCUUAACCCUAAUCCAUCAAAAGAAGAUGAAUAACAUGUCUUCUUUCAGUUCAUUUUUCUAUCCUGGUGAGGAGCAGUGACCAGAAAUCUAUAUUUCCUCUUUUUUAUGCUGCACAAAAAGCACUUCACAUUUGCUCAUCACAACGUGUUUUCUUUUAGAUUUUGUGGCUAAGUGAUGACGCCACUCCCACCACUCCAUCUCCUCGUCCCCUACCCUCUGGGUCCAUCUCAGGUCAGGGAGGAAUCACAUCAGAGUUGAACCCAAUGGGGCCUGGUGGGUUAGCUAAACCUCCACCCUCACGACCACAGCACACCACGCCCGACCCUGAGUUUGCAACUGAGGUACAAGACAAAUAGCAGCAGAAUCCACCCUGCUUCCCUCACAGACUGUAUGAAUAUUGAACUGUUGUUUUCUAUCCUCAGGGAGUCCUGCGUAUCCAUCUGGUGGAGGCUCAAAACCUGAUAGCGAAGGACAACUUCAUGGGGGGCAUUGUAAAGGGGAAGAGUGACCCCUAUGUCAAGAUCCGUGUGGCUGGUGUCACCUAUCGUAGCCACACCAUCAAAGAGAACCUCAACCCAGUCUGGAAUGAGCUUUACGAGGUCUUCGAUUAAUUUCCUGCUCCCGGAGUUUGUUCUUCUGUUUAUCUGAUGAAACUCUGACACCGACUUUGUCUUUGUUUCAGGUGAUUUUGACCCAGCUUCCUGGUCAGGAGAUCCAAUUUGAGCUCUUUGAUAAGGACAUUGAUCAGGAUGACUUUCUUGGAAGGUUUGUACAGACAUCGCAAAAUAAAACUUUUACACUGCGUUUUGCUUCACGGCUAAAAACUGUGAAAAAAAUGAAUUAAAAUGGAGAUAAUCAAGUCUCUGCAUUGUUUCGCUUCAGUCAAGGGCGAAGUUGAAAAGCCUUUAUUCAUUCAGGGCAUGUCUGAUGGAAAGUCUUCAAAUAUAUGAGUAUUGAUUGAAUCCUGUCUUUCUAGGUUCAAGCUUAACCUACGAGAUAUCAUCAGUGCACAAUUCAUCGAUACGGUUUGUGGAUAUUAUCUGAACUCAUAUGCAACAGAUUAUUUUUUAAAUUUGUGUAGUGACCCAAAUAUUUUUGCUGCUUUCAUUUCAGUGGUACACGCUCAAUGAUGUGAAGUCGGGCCGUGUUCACCUGGUGCUAGAGUGGCUGCCCAGAAUCUCUGACCUACCAAGACUUGAGCAUGUAAGAUAUUUGUGCUCUUUAAUUUCCUUGUUGAUUUAGAUCCACAAAGGCAUCACAUAAAAUUGUAUCUAAAUAUGACCAAAGUGCCCACAUGGUGCUGUACUCUCUUUAAAGAAAUACGAUUUCAUUGAGGACAGAUAAUAGACUAACAGGUUUCAAAGAUUUCUUCUUUUAAAUGUUCAGAAAUGGAUGCUGUUGCAGGAUGUUGUUCUUCUAUUUGUAAGAUGUAAUCAAUUGUGUUAUGUGUUCAUUAAAUCUUGCUGCUUGCAGUUCUUAUUUUCACUCCAUCUCUACUUGUUCCAACACUUUACAAAACCUCAGAUUUUAAUUAACUUUAUAUUUGCAAGAUAAGGAUAUGUGACAAAGCCAAGUGGUGCAGUGGUAGAGUUUGGAGAUAUAAUAAUCUUGUAAAUAUGACUUCUAUAAAGCCUUUAGGUCUCACUGUCACUCUCUUAGUCUCUUAAUGUUCUACCUGACUGCCCUGAAGGGCUCUUUCAAGCCCCCCUCUGAUUGCAUUAGGGGUCCUCCACAUUAAGUCCAGUCCAAAACUCUUGAGUGUGACGUGAGAGAGAGCUGUUAGACCCCCAAUAGCAAGUCUGCACUGAUGCUAGCUUAGUCGCAAGGUGACAUGCUAUUUGAUCAGUCUCUGUUUCAAGUCUUUGAGGGGGAGUGACUGAGUCAAGUCUGAAGUGUGAGGCUAAGGUGUGACUUGAGGCCCCAUCUGUGGCUGCUUGAAUCAGCUGUGGGUGUGACUGAACAGAGACCACUCAAUAGUGCAGUGGAAGUACAAAGGGAUGUGAGCAAUCUUGGCUGUUGUUGUCUUAAAUAUUGUCUUUUGACCAAAACAAUCUCAUCUUGCUGAUCUCAGACAGUCAGAUGUGUGUUUUGUUGUGAAUGUUUUAUGCAUUAGUUAUAAAAACAGGACUGUUUCCCCAUCUUCUGGGCUGACACCUACUUCUCAGUUUGGUUUUUAGACAUUAAAACAAAGAUAUAGAAAUUUGUCAUUGGAGCUUUAAGUAAUCUUUGUUCAGUGCUCCUGUCCUGUAAGAUAAAGAGGGAGAAAACCCACCAUUAUGAUUCUGUGCAACAAUGCAUGUCAAGGUUUGGAAGAUGAGUUCUUAAAAAUUUAAGUUUACCUAAACCAAAAUAAUAUCUUUCAGAGAGGUUGUUUGUCUGGCAUCUCCCUUGACUCCCACCAUUUUUAACACAAAAACAUUUCAACCUAAGAAAAAUCUGUUUUGCACUGUCAGGGCUUUGAAUCUGUUUUUCUAGCCAUGUUGUUUGGUUGUUCUGGCAGAUUAAUAGAUAACAGAGACUUUCUUUUGCAGGAAGUCUUAAAAAUGCUUGAGGCUGUGAGAGCGCGUGGAUAAUUAAUGUAGCCUUGCAAAUGCUCCAUAGAGAUGUUUUUUUUGUUCUUCACAUCUUUGUUGACAGAGAGAAAUGUUCACCACAGCUUCCUCAUUGCAAAAUAAGUUUUCUGAAUUCUACCACUUCUUAUUUUUGUUUUGUCUGUCUCUGUUACAUCACUUCCUAUUUCUGUCAGGUCUUGCUGUACCAGAGCCAGCAGUCCUAUCAGAACAAGGUUUUGCCAUCUGCAGCUGUGAUAUUUGUGUAUGUGGAGCGUGCCCACGGUCUGCCGGUGAGGUCAUACAUACGAGUCCUUGGGGUUUAAUUUGUUUUUUAUAGUGCAGAAGAACAAUAGCUGCUUUAAGUUGAAUGCACUAGCAACCUAAUACAGCUGUAUUCAUCUAUUAAUCAAAUCACUGGUGAUGUAAUGGGUGGUAUUAAAUCAAGGAGGUGCUGUUUAUUGCAGUUUUGCAGUACAACAUUUUUGGUGUUUUAUUCCAGUUGAAGAAAAACGGAAAGGAGCCUAAAGUCGGAGCUGAUGUUAUCCUCAAAGGUGUUUCGCAUAGAACCAAGGUAUGUUCAAGAUCUUAGAGACUGGUUGGUGCAUGCAACCAAACAAAGGUGGUGUUUUUAAAGUCAUCAAACUGUCCUGUUUAUUUUUUCGAAGAUUUGUGAGCGUUCCACAUCCCCUCGAUGGGAUGAAGCCUUUCACUUUUUGGUCCGUGACCCGAGAGAUGAAACACUCACAGUGAAGGUGAGAUCCAGACUUUGUGCACUUAAAAUCAAUCCAUUUAGUUUAUAGAGAUGUUUUAUUCAUUUCCGAAGCUGAUCUUUUAUAUAGUUAUGAUAAUAAACAGUGAAAGACUGUUGUCUUGUGUUUGUAGCUCUCACACAGCUGGGGUCAGGCCCUCGGAUCCCUGACUCUUCCUCUCAGAGAGGUGCUGACUGAGCAGGGCUUGGUACUUGAUCGCUGGCUUAACCUGGAUGGAGCGCUGCCGGAGAGUCAGAUACUACUGAGAGUCACACUCAAGGUACUGACCACACAUCCAGAUUUUUUUCAUUGCACUGAUAUACAUCUGUGUGGGCACAUGUGAGAAUAUCUACUCAGUGUAACUUUGAGUCUUACAUAGCAAUCCUCCACAGUGUAGUCACUCUCUUUGGCAUCAAAACAAGGAGAAGUUUAGGAUUAUCAUGCAGCAGUGAUGUCAUACUAAAGUGUAAUUUUGUUGGGUGUACCUUACAGAUCUUGGACACCCAGCUGGCGGUGUGUCGAAGGCCAGGGGAAGCGGGUAGUGACCAUGAUGCAGAUGAAGUAAUUCCCAAAUGGGUGCCUUCUCAUCUAGACAUCAGACAGAGGAGUGGAUUCACCCUGUGAGUCACACAUGCUCACAUCACAGCUCUAUCAUACAGACAAUGUGUUCAGUGUAGAGACAGACCUAAACUGGAUCUCCUUUGCCCUAAGUGUUUAAAUAAUUACUCUUUUUUUGUUGUUGUUUUCAGAUCUGGUGAUAAUGCAAGCACAGCAGGGCAGGUGAAGCUAACCAUCGGCUACUCAGCGGAGGAGAGCAGGCUUUUUAUCACAGUGCACUCCUGCAGGUCUGGAUUUGACAUGCAACACUCUGUUCCAUCAUGUUUCAGACGUGACACCCCCCUUUAUCAACCAAACUUGUUGUACAUGUGUUUGUUCCUCACUCACAGAGCCCUUGCUUCCUGCUCCAAGGAUGGCGCAGACCCCUAUGUUACCUUUGUUCUGCUGCCAGACAAGAAGGCAACAACCAAGAGGAGAACUGCCACCAAAAAGAGAGACCUCAACCCAGAAUUUAAUGAGAGGUAAGAAAAACAAAAAUAUUUCAAGGGAUCAGAAAGGAUGUCAGCUGAUGUUUUUCUCUCUCUGUUUCUGUAGAUUUGACUUUGAUCUCUCUCUGGAGGAGUCCAUACAGAGAAGACUUGACCUGUCUGUGAAGAACAGUGUCUCAUUCAUGAGCAGAGAGAGGGAGCUCAUAGGCAAGGUAUACAUCAUCAGCUUUGUCCGAAAAGCAGCUAGCUGUCUCCCAACAACACAUCAUCCAUCCCGUAUUGCUUCUGUUGUGAUUAAGACAAUGUUCUUCUUUGUUGUACCCAGUUGCAGUUGGACUUGGACCAAAUUGACCUCAAGUCUGGUGAAACACAAUGGUAGGACAAUAUUGUAACACUAUUUCAGCAGUUUCUUAACCAUAAAUUGCAGUGAUUCAUACUUCAUUUUUUUCCUAAUGUCACUUUCUUCUCUUAAUUUAAAAAAAGUGUCCUUUACUCUUUUUCCAGGUUUGAUUUGGUGGCAGAGACCAACUAGAAGCUGAAUCAACUGUGGGUUUCAAUUACUAUAGUACAAUAAGUGUUGCUUCUGUGAUCUGUGAUUUGUGUUGUAUAUUCAGCUUAAAUUAGAAAAUCCAUCACUGAAGAAAACCAUAAUGACAUACCAACUCAAAAAACAACAGUCCAUCAGUAUUUAUGAAACCUCACAUGUAGCUGAUCAUCUGUGACGUGUUACUGUGCUGAAUCCUGCUGUUUGGGACCGAUUCUUCAGUAGAAUAUUUUGGCUGAAUAAAUAUUUGAUAAUAAUGCAACUAUGUUGCAGAAAAACACCAAGUUUAUAAAUGUUAAAAGCAUGUUGAAGCCCUCUUUAAAUUGUAUUUACAAAGGGCUUAUGCUGUGUUUAAUAUCUUAAUGUGUGACAAUGUUUUAUGACUUUACAUCAUCAAACACCUAAAAAAGAUUCCUAUUAAUUUUAUUUGUACAAUCUCAAAUUUUGCCAGAUAUUACUUUUUUGAUAUUUGUUAAUAUUAUUGCCUUAAGUAUUACAAAACUGUGCACAGAUUGUCAGUGUUUUUGAAUUAUGUUCCAAAUGAAGUUUUAUAUGUUUUAACCAGAGCUCUCUUAAAGUUGCUUUUAUAAGUCAAAGUGUUAUGAACCUAGACCCUCACAUUUCCACUUCAAAAAACAGAGCUAUGAUACUGUGUUGAGUAGAGUCUGAAUCACUGUGCUUUUAUGAAGAGAUUACUUUAUAUAUACUGAAAACACAUCGCUAGUGUUGUUACGCACAUUUUUGCCUGUGUUUGUACGUGUUUGUAGCGCUAAAUGCAAGAGGCUGGAUCUCUCAGCCAAGUUUAUUUUUCAAGCAAAUCAGGUAGGGCCUUAUGAGAUACAGGUAGAUAUUGUAAACAAUAGUGGGGCAGGUUUGGAUUGUACCAGCACUGUCACCUUACCACAAAUGGUUUGUGGCAAAGGAAAAAAUGACAGUGUUUAUGUGUAGGAACUGGAGAGGGGAAACUGCUGGGUUUUAACAUUUUUUGAACAUAUCAUGUAUCUGCUGAAGUUGCUCAUUAAAAUUUGCACUCUCAUGGAGCAAACAAAA